AUGUCGAACCAGCAGCCAGGGAGUCACAGAGAGCUGCAGCAUAGAUUAGUUGUCUCUUCGUUUAUCUUCUCCUUUACAAAUGAAAGCCCCCAGAUUGCUUUGUUCAAGCGCAGCGAUAAAGUCAGCACUUAUCAGCAUCACCUCGCCCCCAUCUCGGGAAGUAUAGAGCAACCCGAAUCUCCCAUCUCGGCGGCUUGGCGCGAGAUCGGAGAAGAAACAAGUCUAACAAAGCAAGACAUCGAACUAUGGCGCCAAGGAAAACCGUUUAGCUUCAGUGACCCAUCAAUUGGACGUCAAUGGACCAUCUACCCAUUCGCAUUCCGACUGAAAAGCCGCGACGAAGGUGGGAGAGGUCACGCCGCCAUCAAAAUCGACUGGGAACAUGAGGAAUGGCACUGGUAUAACCCAAAGGAGGUAAUGAAUGAGGAGACCUUUGGGGGUGUACCUCGUCUCGCAGAGAGUUUGCGGCGUGUCUUCUUCGAAUUGGACAUGAACGAGAAACCCAGCGGUGCAUUGCGAUCGGGUCUCGAGCAACUCAAAACCGACCAUUCGAGCGGAUCUCAUGAGUUGACGACAAUUGCCCUCAAGGCCUUCCGAGAUGUCCUCGUACAUCUCAAAAAUGAGCCAGAUUGGUGGAAGACUGCACGCAUGGCUGCGUGGCAUCUCUGGAAGAAUGGGCGCGAGAGCAUGGGAUCAGCUACCCUGAAUGCAUUCCUCGGGGUCCUGGCUGAUAUCGACGCUAUCAAGGCGCAGGAUUCCGAGAAUCAAUGGGAUCGUAUACUCGCCGUCUUGGAUCACCACUUGGAGCGUCGUCGUAAGACGGCUUCACAUAUCAAGGAAGCAUUCAAUGCAUACUUGCACUCGAGCUUCCUACCCAAUAUCCAGUCUCGGGAGAAGAAAGAAAUCACCAUCCUCACCCUAUCGGCAAGCUCAACGAUCCGAGACAGCAUCUUGGAUGCCUUCAAAUCGUUGCCCACGUCACACUUGGAUCUUCGAAUACUCGAAUCAAGGCCUCUCUUCGAAGGUGCAAGCAUGGCUUCUUCGUUACUGUCAGAAUUCGAAUUGAUUUUCCCCGUUUCAUCGGGCCAGCGUCUACAUAUCAGCAUCUAUACUGAUGCUUCAGCCGCGCUUGCUGCUAAGGAUGUGGACUUUGUGCUGUUAGGUGCAGAUCGCAUUUCCAGUUCAGGAUCUGUCAGUAAUAAGAUCGGAUCUCUUCCCGCCGUUCUCUCUGCCAAACACAUAAGCCCAGAGGCACGGGUUCUAGUCUUUAGUGGACUGGAGAAAGUGGCAGAGCCUGGUGCUGAAGAGGAUCAUGAGCCAGAGGAGAACGAUCCAAUGGAGGUCAUCAGUCCGUGGGUGGAUAGCGGAGUCAAGGCUGUGAACAAACUGCAGGAAGCUAUUGGAGGCAACAAGACGGAGGCCUCUAACUGUGUGGUGGAAGUGAAGAAUGUCUACUUUGAGUGGGUAGAUGCGAACAUGAUUGAUGGUUUCAUCACCGAGGAGGGAGCUCUGGGUGCGCCUGAGAUACGCAAAAAAGCCCUCGAAGUGAAAGAGAAGGCAGACAACUACUUUGACUCUUUCUAG